UCAGGUAACAGGCUGUCAGUUCUCUUCUUCCUCUUCCUGUAACUGCACAGCAACAACACCACCAGGCAGACUUUGACCUAACGUUGGAAGAAUACAAAUCUUUUUUUAUCUUCUGCUCUAACACAAACAGGAGCCAGCAGGAUGUCUGUGACCAUGACCAGGGCUGAGGGGGUCACUGUGUUCACUUUGUCCUCAGACCCCCAAAGUGUUUGUCCUCCACUCUGCCAAAUCCUCAAAGGCCUUUGCUACAGCCCCACAUGCUGCUCUGUGUCUCAGCACCUGAGGAGGGUCCAGGGAUCUUCUCAGUCAGUGCUGGGGGCUAUGCACAUUAUGGUCGGGUUGCUCAACAUAGGCCUCGGAGUGAUCCUCCUUUGCUCUGGCGUUGGCCCUUGGUGGGAAAUAGCAUACACCGGGUUUCCUUUUUGGCUUGGUGGACUGUUUAUAUUAUUUGGCAUCAUGAGCAUUGUGUCUGAGAAGCGCCCCAGUCCAUGUCUGGCCAUCAUCAAUGUGAUCCUGAAUCUAGCAGGAGUUGCUUUUGCCAUUGCAGCCAUCGCGCUCUACAGCAUCAAUUUAUCAAACAUGUGGCUUUGGUGGUCGUGUGAACGUGACAAUUAUGAUUAUGGAUACUACAGACACACUACUGCCGCUUCAUCUCCUGGGGAGGAGUACAUGAAGGAGAAAUGCUUUGAGGGCCAAGAACUGGUUCUGAUGCUUUUGAGAAGCAUGAAUGCUGUGCUGAUUGUGCUGUCCGUCCUGGAGCUCUGCCUCGUCAUCAGCUCCGCCGUCCUGGGGAUCAAGUCUCUGUGUGGCAGUGAGAAGGGAGAGAAGAAGGAGACUGGUGACCCUGAACUCUGCAGCCCACUGCUGAAGGAGGUCACCAAUAAAUGAAUAUGUGCUGUGUGCUGUCAGGUACCAGCUACGAUAAUUCCUGUGCAUUUAUACCAUUGACUCUAUGUACUAAAAUGUCAAUGGUUUAUAUUCCUCAAUGAUUUAAUGUUCAGCUGGUACAAUCUGAUGAAAGCCUGGGUCUUUUCCUACAAGGGUUGCUUGAAAAUAUUUGUACUUAUACUUUUUGCUACGUUGUAUACAUACAAGCUGCUAUACAUUUAAUUCUUUGUUGAUCAAUAGAUAUUUUUUUAACAGCUCCUCUUGAUUAUUGAGUUUCAAUCAAAUCAUGUGCCUUACAGUCAGUGUGUUUGUCAGUAAUCAUGUUUGUGUGAUGGACACGACUGAAAAAAUGAGUUAAAUUACAUUAGACUGACAUAUCUUUUGGUUUGUAUUUCUGCUGUGUACUUUCUAUGAAUGGACUGAGAAAUAGAAUCAGUUUAAUAAGUAGUUGCAUUACUGUAGAUCUAUAUCUAUAUCUAUAUCUAUAUAUAUAUAUAUAUAUAUUUAUAUAUUCUUUUUUUUAUAAAUGCUGUUCUGGGUGAAUUAAAGGUAAAUAAAGUGAAUAAAGUCUAAUCAUGUAAGUCAGUUUACUUACUGGCAGAUAAAGCUAAAAGUUUUAAUGUCUCGUGCAUUUAUCGAUUUCUUUUAGCCGCUUUUUUAGAUUCAACCAUCUAGAUGUUACUAAGUGAACUGCUUUAACCACUUGUCCUUGACCUGUCAGUCCUGGGAUUCGAACCAGUGAUUACAGGCCAGAUUCCUUACCUCUAGGCAUAGACUGUCCACCAAGGUUAUAAUAGUUUUGGAUUUUUCAUUUUUUAAAAUGUUUUACAAAAUUUACUUUUUUAUUUUCCUUGUGAAUUUUUGUUUUCAAAUUCAGUUUGUUUUAAUUAGUUUUUAAAGUGAGUUUGCUAAUUUUUAGUUUAGUCUUUAUUUUUUGAAAUUCUUUAGUUUUAGUUAAAUUUUUAUUAGUUUUAGUUUUUUUGUUGGGUUCGAGAUUCAAAGAAGUCAUAAUAAAUGUUGCCUUUAUUUCCUUUGGUUUAUCCAUCCAGUUCCAGAUGUUUUGAAUGUUGGUUGGAGUGUAGACAUCCCAGUCUCAGUAAACAUAUUUACCAUGUGUUACCAUGUUCACUUACCAGCAGCUUUUUGGUUGGAGCUAAAUAAAUACAUUUC